AUGAGUUCCCCAAAAGCCCAAAUAACGCAAAAGUUGAUAUCGGUAUUGAAAACUUUGCCCAACGAAAGGUUGAAACCUUAUGCUUCUUUCAAAGAAUCACAACUAAAGAGAUUUGAAGAUCGAGAUAUGGUAUCGUUGAUUUCGGAAGGGGAUCUCAAACUACAAUUUAUAGCUUUGAAGGAACUUGUGAAUGAUAAAUAUAAAAAUUAUUACAAACUAGAUGAUAAAUUGUUGAAACCAAAGGGAAAUCCAGAGUAUUAUAAUCGGUUAAUGAGUGAGAUUAAGGGUGAAAAGAAGGAAUCUUUACUAACAGCAAUGAGAACAAUAGUAUUUGGUAAAUAA